AUGGUUUCUGAUCUAAAGAGAGGUCCUAUCGCUCCUACUUUUCUUGGCUCCCUGGAAGGGCUGCUCUGCUCUCUGAAUUGCUCUCUUUCCACUCUUCAGAGAUGGGGUAAGAUGCUAUGUGCUGGGACUUUCUUUAACCCCGGAUCAUGGGAUGCCUCACUUCUUGCUGCCGGUACUACAUUAUCAGCAAUGAAGCAUGUACUUGAUGGACAUGGAAAAAUUGUUUAUGCAUUGGUUAGGCCUCCGGGUCACCAUGCUCAGCCUACUCAAGCUGAUGGCUUCUGCUUCCUGAACAAUGCCGGUCUUGCUGUUCAUUGGCUUUAA